AAAGAGGAAUUUCCGUUUUGAAUCUCUUCAAUUACACGCAGGUCACACACUCGAUAUUAUUGCUACACGUGCAAGAGCUGUUCAAUUUAUGUAGCUACUUCGUUUACAUUUAAAAGUGCUGAAUAUGCCGCAAAUGUUUUUGGUGGUAAAGAAGUAGCUCACGUUUAUACGAGGUACUAAAAAUAUGGUUGCACUUGAAGGUGAAAUUAACGUUAUUUCUACAUCAUCUGGAUGGACUGUACAAUUUGUUGCUAUAUCAACGAUUCGCUCAGUGGGUGAUAAUAUCAUUUCAACAAGUUGUUUAUAUGAAGAAUUCGCUAAAUUAAUCAAUAAUAAACCGAAAGCUAUAUAUCUUGAAUCUAUGAGAAAUACGAAAUUUAAUAUUCCAGAUUUUGAAGCAAUUUUUAUCGCUGAAAAUACAUGUGAAUAUUUUAUUAAAUCAAUUUAACAUGGUGAAGAUAUUGUUGUUCACAGUAGGUUAUGAUCAACUCUUGACUAAGCGUCAUUUUGCAAUAUCUAUUUGUUAAUCUUUAUGUUCAUUCGUUAGGUGCAGCGAAAUGGA